AUGAGGCUCUUGGACGCGAAAACUGAAAAGACCAAAAAGUCGGAUAUGCCGGACUACAUGAAGCGCCGAUGCUUUGUGCGCUGGGGAGGCGAUGUGGUGAAAGUGUUGAUGGAUCCCGACGAACCUACUAUUGUGUUGAAGCAAAUAUUGGAAGAGCACACUGGAAUCCCCGUCGACGAUCAGAUGAUUUUUUACAAUGGGAUGAAGAAGGCUUUUGAGCACGAAAAAAGCUUGCGCUACUACGGAGCCCACGGUGGCGGAUUUUUUGAUUUGGCUCACUCGGACGAUGUCGACGCAAACAUGAAUAUUAUUCGAAAAGCCCGUCGUCGCAAAUCCUUCUCGGAUAGCGACCAUGGAAAGCCGGCCGCUAAAAACACCAAAGACAUGGAUUUGAGUGUGCAGGAAGAAAAACUCAACAAGCAACGAGCGCGUCGUUCAUCGAUGAUUGAAAAACAAGAAGAAUUGAAAAAGUUGAGGGAACAAGAAGAAGCAAGACUGGCGGAAGAAGCCAGAAAGAAGGCCGAAGAGGCCGCCAAGAAAGCCGCUGAAGCAGAGAGGAAAAAGCGACUUCGCAAUAUCCAUGUCACCACACCCGAUGGACAAGUUCUCACCGUCACACUUGACAAGGACGGCACCGUAGGCGAUAUCAAAACGAACAUUGCCGACGACUGCAAAAUUCCUCCUGGCAAGCAAGUUCUCAAGUACAAUGGCAAAGUACUUGACAACGACAGUGGAACACUGGAUCAACUGGGAAUUCCCGAUGGAGCCCAGCUCACCGUAGAACCAUUCAAGAUUCCAAUCACUGUCAACACGCCAGAUGGGAAGCAAAUCCAAGCCAUGGUGGAUCCUGCAUUGCCUGUAGCAGAGCUCAAAAAACAGCUUGAGGCUGAUUCUGGAGUUGCAGCCAACGACCAAAAGUUAUUCCUUCAAGGAAAAGAGCUGAGUGAUCCUGCCAAAAAAUUGGAAGACUAUGGGGUCAAGGCCGGCAGUGUUCUUGACAUGGUGGAUGAAGCCAAACGGCGGGCAGAAGCGGAAGCCAAGAAGAAAGCCGAACAAGAGGCCAAGCAAAAGGCUGAAGAUGCCAGGAAAAAGGCAGAAGAAGAACAGAGGAAGAGGAAGAGGACCCUUACUGUGGUCACUCCCGAGGGGCAAGUGAUGGUUAUCACACAUGACCAGGACGACACCAUUGCUGAUGUCAAGGGUUCCAUCGAAGAUGGCUGCAAAAUUCCUCCUAGCAAACAGGUGCUCAAAUACAAUGGGCAAGUGCUGGACAAGGAUGGCAAGACGCUGGAACAAUUGGGAAUUCCUGAUGGAGCAAGGCUUACUGUGGAACCACUCAAAAUUAAAAUCACUGUCAACACCCCAGAUGGAAAGCAAAUCGAAGCUGAGGUGGAUCCUGCGUUGCCUGUAGCAGACCUCAAGAUACAGCUUGAAGCCGAUUCUGGAGUUGCAGCCAACGACCAAAAAUUAUUCCUGCAAGGAAAGGAGCUGGACGAUCCUGCCAAAAAAUUGGAAGAUUAUGGUGUCAAGGAAGGGAGUGUCUUGGACAUGGUGGAUGAAGCCAAGAGAAAAGCCGAAGAAGAAGCUGCAGCCAAAAAGAAAGCUGAAGAGGAAGCUAGACUGAAGGCUGAAGCAGAGGCCAAGAAAAAAGCAGAAGAGGAAGAAGCCAAACGAAAGGCAGAAGAAGAGGCACGGCUCAAGGCAGAGGCUAAAGCAGAAAAGAAGGCCAAGAAGAAGAAGAAGAAAAAGGACGACGAUGGAUCGGACAACUCUUGGGAACCCGAGCCGCAUAAGCCCAAAGACUACAGUAUUGAUUUUACUCCGACUCCAUUGGAUUUGACUCGUUUCAAAGCCUGGUUCAUGAUUGGUGACCAGGUACCGUUUGAAAUGAUUUGCCCGAUUGCUAUGGACAUCAAAGGCUUCAAGGUAGAAAUUCUGAAACUACGAAAUGAGGCCCGAUUCGUCAAACAAUAUUUUGAAGGGUUGGAAGACCCCAAUGAACUCAAAAUUUAUCCAGCAGGCAGCUGGGGAGAAGGAGAGCCACUGCCUGAGGAUAUUCCAGUUCCCAAGGACUCGUCAGAGUACAAGUUCUUCAGUGUCCUGCGUUAG